AUAUGGGGAGAGGAAAGAUCGAGAUCAAAAGGAUUGAGAACAACACGAAUCGGCAGGUGACCUUCUGCAAGAGAAGAAAUGGGCUUCUCAAGAAAGCUUAUGAGCUUUCGGUUCUCUGUGAUGCUGAAAUCGCCUUGAUUGUCUUCUCCACUCGUGGGCGACUCUAUGAGUAUGCCAAUAACAACAUGAGAUCAACUAUAGAAAAGUACAAGAAGGCGACUUCAAAUACACCAAACACCUUUUCACUUCAAGAAACGAAUGCUCAAUUUUACCAGCAGGAGGCGAAGAAGCUCCGCCAGCAGAUACAAAUGCGUCAAGAUUCUAACAGGCAUCUUAUGGGCGAAGGGUUGGAUUGUUUAAACAUGAAGGAACUAAAGCAGCUGGAGACGAGACUUGAGAGAGGAAUCUCAAAGAUUAGAUCCAAGAAGCAUGACAUGAUACUCGCAGAAAUGGAGUUCUUACAGAAACGGGAAGUCGAGCUGGAACAUCACAACACGUUCCUUCGUUCAAAGAUUGCUGAGAAUGAGAGGGUGCAGCAACAUGAAGUAGAUGGUGCUGAGCAGUACAACGCAAUUCAAGCAUACCUUGCGAGGAACUCCCUUCAGCUCAAUAUAAUGGAGCCUUUGGAGGAUGCCCCUUCUGCUUACCCCCUUCUUCCCAACAAGUCUCUCCACAUUGGGUAAUGUGGCAAUUAACAUCUAGACUGUGCAUUGUGUACGUAUGGUGAUGACGAUUAACAUCUAGAAUGAUGCAUCGUGUACUUAUGGUAAGACCAAAGUUGUAGCCGAAUAAAGUUUGUUUCUAUGUGGCUUGAAUGUGAUGUUUGGAUUUUAUUUUCGUCAUUAACAAGAUUGUGGGCAAUAAUAAUUUGUGACCUUUGAUCUUUUGUAAUCUCCUUUUAUCAAUGUGUGGUUGUAAUAAUUUCACCUAU